ACAUUCUGAAAGGAAAACACCUGUUGUGGCCCUUCGAUGACCAAGGUAUAUAAACUGCAGUGAGCGUCCGAAGUAUCCACAGCAGUUGUUUCAGCUUUGAUCAACAGCAAGCUCAACCAUGCAGAUCCUCAUCUUGUUCGCUCUCGUGGCCGCUUCCCAGGCAGCUGCAGUCCUCCAUCAUCCUGCGGUUAUUAGUUCAGGCGCUAGCAGUCAAUACAGAAGCCAAGAUAGCUUAGGUGGCUACAACUUUGGCUACGAUGAGGGCCACCUUAGUGGGGGAUCCUUCCGAAAAGAAUCUGGAGAUGGCCAUGGCAAUGUUGCUGGUUCUUACGGACUGAGAGAUGCUGAUGGACGUGUUCGUGUUGUUAACUACGUUGCUGAUGCUGCUGGAUUCCGUGCCGAAAUCAAGAGCAACGAACCAGGCGUAGAGCCCAAAGAUCCCGCUCAUGCUUCAAUCAACAAGGCUGGUCUCGCUGUAGCACCCGCACAUCACAUAGCCUAUGCUGCUCCUGCUCUGGCAGCGGCACCUGCACAUAUAGCCUACGCUGCUCCAGCUCAUUUAGCAUAUGCUGCACCAGCUCCAGUAGCAUAUGCUUCUCACCAUUUAGCUGCCCCUCACUACGGAUAUGCCUACCACUAUUAAACAUUCAGUAUACAGAACAAAUGAAAAACUUAAUGUAAAAUAAUUCAUACCUCUGAAUGAAAAGAGAAAUAAUGAUUUAUGUCUUCUUUUCUUUCUACUACAUUCUACUUAUUAGCUUUUCCUAGAAAACUCCUUUUGUUUAUCUUUAGGCAGGAGACAUUUCUCUGAAGUCAAACUAUGUAAGGAAGAUCCUUUAAUUUUCUUUCGACAAAUAAGCUCUUACUAUGGGUAGCUAGUCAAAGUUGUCUUAUCAUAUCAGAAAACGAUCUUAAGGUACAAUGUUUCCAGUCAAGCUUACCACGUUAAGCUAAUAUUUAUUUAGACUUGCAAGUCCAUCUCAACAGCCAUUUUUUUCCUUUCAUUUCCUGAAGUUUCAUUGAACUUUGUGUUCAUAUCAAAUUUCUAUGUUGUUAUACGUUCGCCUUAUUCAGAAUAACUAAAUUUCAAGAACGUAUGUUUCUUGAUGUUUAUUUAUGUGCCAUUGAUUUUAUCAUGCUUCUGAAGAAAAUAAAAUGCAUUUCAACAGCA